AUGGCGUCUGGCAAUAGAGCCGCUUGGAGUUUGGAGCCAAAGGGAGACUUGAAAGUCUCCACCGCACCCUAUACACCCCCAUCUGGGAAUGAACUUCUGAUCAAGAACCACGCGGUCGCGAUACAACCGUUGGACGCAAAUAUACGUGGCCGUGCCUAUAUCGACCUCCCAUACCCCUUCAUCUUAGGUAAUGGCGUAGCAGGCGUGGUUGAGGAGGUUGGUUCCUCCGUUACUAAAUUUAAAAAAGGCGACCGUGUCGUCUCCGACACGCCCGCAUAUCACCAGAAGAUCGCCAAAUAUGGUGGCUGGCAGAAGUAUGUGGUUAGUACGGAGGCAACAACAGCCAAGAUCCCAGCUGCAACUACAUUUGAGGACGCUGCCGCGAUUCCGUUUGCUCUCCUGACAGCUGUAGCAGCUCUGAGCCUGAAAUUGGGCAUGAAAAAGCCUGGCGGCCAUGAAGAUGGGAGGGUUCUGAUCUGGAGCGCGAGCGGCUCCGUUGGGGGAUACGCCGUUCAAUAUGCCUCUAGCGUUGGCUACGAUGUUGUAGCAACGGCCUCACCAGGCAAGUUCGACUACGUACGUAGCAUUGGCGCAUCCGAAGUGGUCGACUAUAAAGACGAACAGGCGGUCUCGAAGCUGAAAGCCCUUGGGCCUUAUAAGUUUGUUAUGACAGCGUCUGGCGACGUGGCUGGUGCCCAUGCCAUCAGUGAUAUCCUUCAACCAGAGGGUGGGGUGUUUGUGUCAACUCGCCCGCAUAGCGAGGAGAUGCAUUUGGCUGAGAACGUCGAACUUCUGUAUGAUUUCUACAGCAUGGCCACUCAGAAACCCGAAAAUGCGGCUUUCGCCAAAUGGUGGUAUGAGGAAUAUCUUCCGGUCGCCCUCGCCGGGGGAGUGACUCCCACCCCACUGGAAAAGCGGGAUGGUGGUUUGUCUGGCAUCCAGAAGGCCUGUGAAGAUGUACUAAAUGGCCGGAGCUCGAAGAAGCUGAUCUUAAACCCUCAGGAGGAGGAGUAA